AUGACUUCGAGAAGAUCCAACUCUCGCGAUUUCAACAUGGUACGAACUCGAACUGGUAGUGCCAAUGCGGAACGUAUUCGAUCCGGAGAUGUGAGUGAUGCGCUCACAGAAGUUCUUCGUGAGGAGACCCAACUUCCGCAGCCUUCAACCCAAGGGGCCAAAGACCCCGAGGGUGAAAAAUCGGUUACUCGCGUUAAGUCGAGUAGCGCAACGGUUUCGGAGGGGCGUGAUCGUCCUCCGAAGAACGAUAAAACGAAUGGUUCGGAUCGUCGUCUUUGUGACUCGGGCAAAGCGGCUGUUGCUAAGCCGUUCAACUGGCAGUUCUCGCAUUCCAAGGAUUGUCCUAUUACGGAAGAUCCAGAUAGUGUUGCUCAUUUGGCUAUUGAGGCUAACAACGAGUUUGCGGUGACUUUAGAAAAACGCCUGCAAGAUGUUCCUCGUUCUGACGAACUUUAUGAAAUAAAGAAGGUCGUUCGUGAGCUAAAGCUCGGUCUAAAGAUGGCUCAAGACCGGGAGUGUGCCAAUGCUGCUCAACUGGCUGCCGCUGAAAAGCUGGGGAAUCAGGCUGCUUCACUCGAAGCUCGUCUACGAGUUGUGAGUAACGAAAGGAAGUCGGCCCUCGAGCAAUUCUCUGACGACCUUCGCCGCGCGACUCAUGAGGCCAAAACGACUAUGGCGGAUAGCUAUCUGGAUGUGCUGGUCUCCCUGAAGGAGAAAUGGGAAAAGAAGAAGGCUGCAACUGAUUGCGAGGCUCGUCUUCAGGAAGUCGUGGCAAAUAUAGAUCUCUUGAAGGAGAUCAUGAGCAACAAUCUCCUAGCUUCGGAUGAGUUAUUGCGGCUUCGAGCGAAGGAGAUUGAGCUUGGGUCCGAGAUCGAUGUGAUGGCGACUUCGGAUUUCUCCGUUGGGAAGCUCGACCUGCCUCAGAUUUCGGAGGAUUUCUUCGAUAAGGUCCCUUCUGCGGCGGAUGACGUGGCGAAGUGCUCGGGUGAUCGCACGGGAACCGGUUACCGCGAGCUCGAUCGAUCCGAGAGAAUAGGUGGUCUCUCCUACAAAGCCGAUGAGGGGAGUUCAGUCUUGCUUUAG